AUGAUUGCUUGUGGUCUUUUGCCAGUCUCAGCAGGAGAUUUCAUGUCUGAUCUUGACGUUCAGAUCCCAACUGCCUUUGACCCCUUUGCCGAGGCGAAUGCUGGGGACGCUGGUGCAGCUGCCGGAUCAAAAGACUACGUUCAUGUACGCAUCCAGCAGCGUAAUGGUCGCAAGAGCCUGACCACUGUCCAGGGUCUGAAGAAGGAGUUCAGCUACAGCAAGAUCCUCAAAGACCUCAAGAAAGAGUUUUGCUGCAAUGGUACAGUUGUCCAGGACACAGAACUUGGACAGGUCAUUCAACUCCAGGGUGAUCAGAGGAAGAACGUCUCAAACUUCCUUGUCCAGGCCGGCAUUGUGAAGAAGGAACACAUCAAGAUUCAUGGUUUCUGA